AUGACGUCACACAACGAUUACCCUCCAGAGAAAAAGAUUCCUGCAACCCAUGAGAUAGUGCUGAAUCACGGCAAUAAAUCAGUAUCGGCUGUAGCUCUGGAUCCAUCAGGUUCUAGGCUUGUGACUGGUGGUUAUGACUUUGAUGUGCGUUUCUGGGACUUUGCUGCUAUGGAUCCUUCAUUGAACUCCUUCAGGUCUUUCCAACCUUUUGAAUGCCAUCAGAUUCGAACCUUACAGUACAGCAUCACGGGAGACAGGAUACUCAUGGUGGCAGCAAAACCUCAGGCAAAGGUCGUUGACCGGGAUGGCUUUGAGGUCAUGGAGUGUGUCAAAGGUGACCAGUACAUCGUUGACAUGGCCAAGACUAAGGGACAUACUGCAAUGUUAAACGGAGGCUGCUGGAAUCCGAAAGUAAAAGAAGAAUUCAUCACUUGUGCAAAUGAUGGCACGGUGAGGUUAUGGGAUGUAAAUCAGGCGUGGAAGCAGCAGCAGGUCAUCAAGUUCAGAGGUCAAGGGGGUCAGAAGACCAAUCCGACCUGCUGCGUAUACAGCAGAGAUGCUAAGCUUAUCGGAGCAGGGUGUCAGGAUGGCAGUAUACAACUCUGGGAUAUGAAGAGACCUUUGGUAAGACCGACCUAUCAACAAAAGAACGCUCAUGGCAUGGGUACGGAUACAUCCUGCAUCACAUUCUCAUAUGAUAAUCUGAUCUUUGUUACAAGAGGUGGUGAUGACACAAUGAAAUCCUGGGAUCUUAGAAACUUCAAGAGACCGGUUAAUGUUGUGACUGGCCUUGAAAGCUUCUAUCCAGUAGCUGAAUGUUGCUUUAGUCCAGAUGAUCAGAUGAUUUUAGCUGGUCAGUCGGUGAGGAGAGAGCAAGAAGGAAAACUAAUGUUCUAUGACAGACACACCUUCAAGAAAAUCACAGAAUUAGAAUGUGGACAAGGAAGUGUAGUGCGAUGUAUGUGGCAUCCAAAGUUAAAUCAGAUCAUCAUUGGCUCUGGCAGUGGACUCGCAAAGGUCUUCUAUGAUCCCAACAGAAGUCACAGAGGAGCCAAACUAUGUAUGGUCAAGAAGAGGAGAAAGAGGGUGGAGCCUGACAUUGUCAAGAGCGAACACAUCGUUGCUCCUGUCAUGUCAAGAAGAGGGAGACAUCGUAACAGGGAGGAGCCUCAGGAGAUUAUGGCUUAUAAGAAGCAGAUGAAAGACAGACAAGAUCCUGUGAAGUCAAGGAAGCCUGAUCUACCCAUCAAACAAGGUCAAGGAGGUCGUAUCGCGGCUGGAGGUAGCACCCUUUCACGCUACGUUGCCAUCAAUAUCGCCCUCACGAAGAAGGUCGAUCCUAACAUCAGUGCUCGGGACGCCAUCUUGAGACAUGCCAAGGAUGCGGAGGAGAAUCCGUUGUGGAUUGCACCAGCCUAUAAACAUACUCAGCCCAACCCCAUCUUCCAUGAAUCAGAUGAAGAAGAAGAGGAGGAGGAGGGGGGACCCAGCUGGUCCAAGAAGGCAAAACUGGACUCCGCUUCCAAGAAAUGACACAACUGAUUUCUAGCUAGGACUAGGACGGAGGACAAAACGACAGAUACAUGUUAACCCUAAGAGUUAGCAGAUAAGUUCAGUUAGCUCAUUUUAUAAAUGUCUGCCUUAAGAUGUGAAGAAGAACUAAAAGAUAAGUGGUUCGAAUCCGAUCCAGGUGGAUGACUUAGGCGAACAUUUGUUAACAUGUCUUUGCAUUGUUUCAGGGUAGGUUACAAUGGACAGCACUCUGUCCCACGGAUAGGAUGUUAAAAGAAAAUCCUUUGAAGGAGAAAGUAACUUCCUUAUACCAUAAGAGUUCUCUUUAAUAUUCAUUUGUAUUUAAGGGGAUACCCACUGACUAAUUAGUUGUUUCGUAGACACAGGUUAUGUUGAAAAGUCCCAUGGAUAGGAUGUCAAAUUCAGAAUCUAUGUACUCCCUUUUCUUAGACACAACCCUCUGAAGCAUUCCUUUAAAUAUAGGGGGAAACCCACUGACUUCUCCCACUUGGACAGAGUUUUUGCAUGCAUCAGGGACUCCUCACAUUUACGCAGACGCAUAAACAUACGCAAUCGAACAAUAUAGUCAAAUAGAGAUCGAGGUUUCUUUCCAGAUAGUGGUGUUCUAUUGCACAAUGUGCCAGUAAAAAAAUGAGAAAAGAAGAGAGAUGUAGGGAAAGCAAUGAAAUUAGAGUCGGUCAUCACCUUUUUCCUAGUCAAAUUUAAAUUAAAAAAAAACUUUUUUAGCCUAAUGCUUGAAGUGGGGUUGUUGC